AUGGUGGACUUCGCAAGGGACAAAGGCGAGUGCAAGAAGACGCUGGUCGAUUUCCUGGAGAACUACAGCGGCACGGAGAAGGAUGGGGAGGGCCAUGUUUGGACCAAUGCCUUCAAAUACUGCAACCAGCUGCAAGCCAUCGUGAAUCGCGAGCGCGCCACUCUGGAGGUGGACCUGGAUGACGUGGCUUCCUACGUCAAGGACGGCGACCUGGUGCACCGAAUGGAGACCAACACCCAGCAGUACCUGUCCCUGCUGGCCUCUGCUGCCGACGAGGCCAUGCCCGCCCCCACCAGGUCCGACCUCCCCGACGACAUCUUCGACAUCCUGCUCGACCAGCGGCGGCGCGCAGAGGAGCUGACCCGGGCCCAAAUGGAGGUCGACGGCCGCACGGGGCAGUCGGACCCCAACUUUGCGCUCCCCGCCGCGCUGACGAGGCGCUUCGAGGUCUGCAUCCGGCCACGCUCCACCACGGAGCAUGCCCGCCUGCGCCAGGUGGGCGCCGCCCAGAUCGGGCACCUGGUCACCUUCCGCGGCAUCGUGACGCAGGUCACCGACGUCAGGCCACUGCUCACCAUCGCCACCUACCUGGAUGACCAGACCGGGUUCGAGAUCUACCAGGAGGUGACGGGCAAGACGUUCACCCCCUUGGCGGAGGCCCCCGCGGCGGUCAAGGCCAUGAACGGCGGGAAGAGCGAGCUGCACCUGCAGACGCGCGGGUCCAAGUUCGUGCGGUACCAGGAGUGCAAGGUGCAGGAGCUGCCGGAGGAGGUGCCGCAGGGCUCCACGCCACGCACGCUGACCGUGCAGCUGCGGGACGCGCUGACGAGGCGCGUGAAGGCCGGCGACGCGGUCACCGUGUCAGGCAUCUUCCUGCCUGAGCCGUACGCGGGCCCGCGCUCCGCCAUGCGCGCCACCCUACUCACCGCCACCUACGUCCAGGCCAUGGCCGUCACCCAGAACAAGCAGAGCUACCAGGACAUGCGGCUGGACGGGGAGACGCGGGCCGCGAUCGAGGCGCUGACGGCGGAGGGCGACGUGUACGGGCGCCUGGCCUCCAGCAUCGCGCCCGAGAUCUGGGGCCACGAGGACGUGAAGCGCGUGCUGCUGCUGUGCAUGGUGGGCGGCGUCAGCCGCCAGCUGCCCGACGGCAUGAAGCUGCGCGGCGACGUGCACGCCUGCCUGAUGGGCGACCCCGGGGUGGCCAAGUCCCAGCUCCUGCGCUAUGUCUGCCACGUCAGCCCGCGUGCGGUGUACACCACGGGCAAGGGCUCCUCCGGCGUGGGCCUGACCGCGGCGGUCAUGCGCGACCCCACCACCGGCGAGAUGGUGCUGGAGGGCGGCGCGCUGGUCAUGGCCGACCGCGGCAUCUGCUGCAUCGACGAGUUCGACAAGAUGGAGGAGGGCGACCGCACCGCCAUCCACGAGGUCAUGGAGCAGCAGAGCGUGUCCAUCGCCAAGGCGGGCAUCGCCACCACGCUGAACACGCGCACCACGCUGCUGGCCGCCGCCAACCCGGCCUUUGGCCGCUACGACGUGCGCCGCUCGCCGGCGGAGAACAUCAACCUCCCCGCGGCCCUGCUCUCCCGCUUCGACGUCCUCUGGCUCAUCCUCGACCGGCCGGGGCUGGACGCCGACCUGGCCCUGGCGCAGCACGUGCUGACCGUGCACCGGGAGGGCGCGCCCCCCGCGACCACGGGCCCCGCCCCACUGCCCGCGCCCCUGCUCCGCGCCUACAUCGCCGCCGCCAAGAGCCACGAGCCCGUGGUCCCCGCGGGCCUCACCGACUACCUGGCCGCCGUCGAGGAGGCGGCCGCCGAGAUCCCGCACACCUACACCACGGCACGCACCCUGCUCUCCAUCCUGCGCCUGUCGCAGGCGCUGGCGCGCCUGCGCUUUGCAGACUCCGUGGAGCAGAGCGACGUGGACGAGUCGCUGCGUCUGCUCAAGAUGUCCAAGGCCUCGCUGUACGAUGACGGCGGGCGGGAACGCGCCGUGGACCCCGUCUCCGCGGUCUUCUCCCGCAUCAGGCAGCACGCCGAGCGGACGCGGGCCACCACCCUGAGCUGGGCCCAGCUCCUGGACCUCCUGGGCACCUCCUUCAAGCCCGAGCACAUCCGGCAGUGCCUGGUGGACUACGCCUCCAUCAACGUGUGGCAGCUGGAGGGCGCAGAGGGCGAUGCCCCCACCAUCUACCUGGCGCCCGCAUGA